AUGACUUUGCAGGAGCUCAAACUAUUGGUGUUAACUUAUGGCAGAGUUGCUGACAACCUUCCCCUUCCUCAUCAAGUAAUACUCCUCGUCAUUUCUGUAAGUCUUGUCGCCGUUACUGGACCCACGGCGGCACCCUUCGUGACAUUCCGGUUGGUGGUGCGUGACAUUCCGGUUGGUGGUGACACUCGGAAAAAUGCUAAAAGAUCACGCACCAGUUCUAGUGGUUUUACUGUAGUAGGUCCUAUGACGGCCACCACAGGUAACCAUAACCUUCCAUUACCGGCUACACCAGUACUGGUCCCACUUAUGGCCAAUCAAGCAACGUCUAUACAGUUUGGCUGCGGUGGCGGUGAUGGGAAGGGUAAUGUGAGUGGUUCUAGUGGUAAUUCUACAGUAUCGGGUAGCUUUACUUCUUUGUUGAAUACUCAGGGCCCUGGGUUUCUAGCAUUGAGUGGGUUUGGGCUUGGACUUGGAUCUGCGUUUGAAUAUAUGGGCUUUGGGCUUGCAAGAGGAGUCUGGCCUUUUCCCGGUGUAGGAGAUGGUGGUGCUGGUGGUGUUGGUGGCAAUGGCGGUUCUGCUGGAGGAAUGAGUAACACGUGGCAAUUUCCCUUUUAUAGUUUGCAGUAUAUAUUUCAAUUUGUAUUUAAUAUAUAAUAAUUGACUGAUUUGAUUUUUGAGGCCCACAUUUAAAUUUUAA